AUGGCUAAGAAGGCCUUUUACGCAGUGCGAAGAGGUCGCGCUUUGGGCAUAUACGAUACAUGGGAUCAGUGCAAGACCCAGAUAUAUGGUUACCAAGGUGCUCAAUAUAAAAAGUUCAGUACCCUAAGCGAAGCACAAGAUUUCAUUAAGGCCAAUUCACCCAAUUACUCGGAUUCAAGACUUGCCGAUGAAUCGUCACGAAAGUCUCAUUUAGGUAAGGGAAAGUUAGAAAGCAAGAAAGGGUAUGCAGCAGGUGUGUCAAAACAUCAGGGUCCACGUUACUAUUCCGUUAAAAGUGGAAAUCCAUCUAUUUUGAGCAAGGUUUUUACAAGCUGGCCUGAGUGCCAAAAGUACGUGUCAGGUAAGAGAGGACUCACUUAUCAGAAAUUUAAUAGUCAGAAAGAAGCGUUGAACUUCAUUGCUGGUAUAAGCACAAAAGAUUACGAGCUUAUAAGUAUCACGGAAGGAGAAUUCAAGAGCAAAUAUAAAAUAAAAGACAAAGACAAAAAGUUCGAAGAACAUUCAAAUGUGUACUGUGAUGGUUCGGCAAUUGCUAACGGAACCUCAAAAUCACGAGCCGGCUAUGGGGUUUUUUUUGAAAGUACCGGCGAAUGCAUUGCUGAACCACUUACUAGUGGACCUCCCACCAACAACCGCGCAGAGAUACAAGCAGUGUCAGCUGCACUUGGCAAAAUCUGGGAACAUUUGACGAUAGCUCAUAAAAAGAUCAAAUUUACCAUAAAAACAGAUUCUGAAUACGUUUCAAAGCUACUAAAUGACAGAUACAUGACAUUCAAUAAUGAGAAAAUGAAGACUAUUGAGAAUGGAGAUUUAAUUUCCCCUUUAGUUGAGAAAUUUGUUAAAGUAAAGAAAUAUUAUGAAAUUAAUGGCACUCAUUUUAUAGAUGGGGGAAAGUUUGAGAUAUGUUGGGUGAAGGGCCAUGCUGGCGAACCUGGAAACGAGAAGGCUGAUGAGCUUGCAAAAAGAGGCGCUGAUAAAUACAUCCUCCAAAAUUGA